CCCUGUUGGGCCCCUCUUUCCUCGACGUCGUCGCAACGGCGGGGUAAAAAUCACCCCGUCAGCCCCUUCAAAAAUUGCGACAGCGGGGGGUCGCUGAAUAAAUACCACCCGAACCCGCCGAGGGGAGGCAUUACUGGAGUCGCAAAGAGAGCGACCGCUUUUCACUCAUUCUUCCAGUUCUCCAACAAACCACCACCAUGACCGUCGACAUCCUCUCGCUCCCCACCGUCUUUGACCGACCGGUCCACAUCGCCGUAAUAGGCGGCACCGGCCUAUCCUCUCUACCAGGCUACCACCCCGUAGCCGCGCUCUCCCCGACCACCCCCUGGGGCGCGCCCUCCUCCCCCAUCCUCAUCCUCGAGCACGGCGGCGUGCCAGUGGCCUUCCUCGCACGACACGGCUUGCACCACCAGCUGGCGCCGCACGAAGUCCCCGCGCGGGCCAACAUCGCCGCGCUGCGGGCGCUGGGCGUGCGCACGGUGAUCGCCUUCUCGGCGGUCGGGUCGCUGCAGGAGGAGAUCCGGCCGAUGGACUUUGUGGUGCCCGACCAGGUGAUCGACCGCACCAAGGGGGUGCGGCCGUUUACUUUUUUCGAGGGCGGCGUGGUCGGCCACGUCGGGUUUGCGGACCCCUUCGACGCGGGGCUGGCCGCCGUCGUCCAGCGCUGCGCGGCGAGCAUGCGCGGUGAUGGUGUGCGUCUGCAUUCCGGUGGGACGAUUGUCUGCAUGGAGGGCCCGCAGUUCAGCACGCGGGCUGAGAGCCACAUGUAUCGUGCUUGGGGUGGGAGUGUGAUUAACAUGAGCGCGCUGCCUGAGGCUAAGUUGGCGCGCGAGGCGGAGCUGGCGUACCAGAUGAUUUGCAUGGCGACGGAUUAUGACUGCUGGCAUUCGACCGAGGAUGUGGAUGUGGCCAUGGUGAUGAAGUACAUGGCGGCCAACAGCGAGAAUGCCAAGCACCUGGUGGGUGCGGUGCUGGAUGAGCUGUGCAAGCUGGAGAACAGCGAGCUGGUGUUGGCCAAGCACUGGGCGGGGAGUGCGCAGGGCGCCGUCAAGUUCAUGACCAAGCCGGCAGGGCGUGACCCCGAGGCGAUGAAGAGGGUGGAGUAUCUGUUCCCAGGGUUUUGGGAGGAGUAGAGGGUGGGAGUUUGGGUGGGAAUUUUGUUUGGGCGCCUUGAGAGCGAGGGUUUCUGGGAGUUGAUAGACACGAGAGAUGAUAGACGUCCCGCAGGAUGAUAGACCAACGCUUCAUGAUUUUGUCACAUUGCGUGGCCACUCACGUGGACCCAG